CUCUUCUUCUUCUUCCUCCUCCUCCUCCUCCUCCUCCUCCUCCUCUUCCACCUGUUCUUUCUUACCGAAGCACGAUCGAUCGACCCCUGAUUCCGAUCCAGUCUACGCAAAACCAUGUCCAAAACAGUCCUGAUCACCGGUGCCACGGGCCAACAAGGCGGCAGUGUAAUCGACCAUCUUCUGGGCCAAGAUGACGACUUGGAAAUCCUCGCGCUCACCCGUGACGUCACGUCUCCUGGGGCCCAGAGACUCGCGGCGAAGUCUCCCAAGAUUAAGCUGGUGCAGGGGAACCUCGACCAACCGGAAGAUAUCUUUGUCAACUGGCAGAAAGUGACGUCUCAGUCCAUUUGGGGGGUGUUUAGUGUACAGGUUCCUGCAUUCGGUGGAUCAAGAGAUAUCGAAGAACGACAGGGAAAAGGCCUUGUUGACGCCGCACUCAAGAACCACGUCAAGCUCUUUGUGCAUACAUCCGUUGACCGCGGUGGGGAUGCCUCCCUCGAGAAUCCAACGAACAUCCCACAUUUCAUCAGCAAGCAUAACAUCGAGCAACACCUGAUCGACUCCUCAAAGAAUACAGAAAUGGCCUGGACACUUCUUCGUCCGGUCGCCUUUAUGGAUAACCUGACGCCCGAUUUCGUAGGCAAGGUGUUCACUACGACCUGGAAGGUCGCCCUGAAGGGGAAGCCGCUGCAGCUGAUUGCCGUGACGGAUAUUGGGUUCUUUGGUGCGCAGGCGUUCUUGCACCCAGCCGAGUACAAGGGGAAGUGUAUCUCCUUGGCGGGGGACGACCUCACCUUUGAUGAUAUGGCGAAGAUCUUCAAGAGUAAGACGGGCAAAGAUGUGCCGUUGACGUUUGAUUUCGUGGUUCGUCUGUUCAUGUGGCUGGUCAAUGAUUUCGGAUAUAUGUUCCGGUGGUUCCACGAUGAAGGGUACAAGGCUGAUAUUGCAGCAUUGAGGAAGGUUCAUCCGGGCUUGAAGGAUUUGAGUACUUGGUUGGAAACGGAGAGUGUUUUUAUUGAUAACAAGUGAUCUUUACCAUGCCUUCUUUCUUGCUUUCUAUUUCUUGUAUAUUUUGUAUUUCCCAGUUUUGUCUUUAUUACUUGCACAGUGCAUGAGGACUUGAACAGUCUAUUUCACUAUUCAUAUGGAAUCUUCGAUCAUUUGCAUGGUAUAAAUAAAGACCCCCAAGUCGGGGGGAAAUAGAGCCGUAAUGAGGCUUUUGAUGACCAAUUCAAGUAUCUGUGUGCUAGGAAUCUAUUG